UUUCGAUAAAAAUAAAUAUUUUUGACGUCCCUAUUGUCCCACCUCUAUUGUUUGCCUUUUCACUAAACCGAACGGAGAUUGUUAAGCCAACACCAAAUUAGAAUUUUUUGAUCAAACAGCUAACUUUAUAGCAGCAAUAUGCUGAUAUUAAAUAUACUAUUUAUUGAACACGCCGACGUAUACAUCUAAACCGCAAUUCGAUGCUUAACCAGUAAACAAAUCCGACGACCGACGUCCGACGCCUGACCGACUGCCGCCGCCGCCGCUGCUGCUGUUGCAUCUCCACAGCCAGCCCUUCCUCCCAACCCCCUACCCCCCCCCAACUACUGGUGGAACGCCCGACGACGGAGGAGCGUACCAUACACCAUCUACCUCCCUCUCCCCUCCCCCCAGGAAGAUAGAACCACCCACUUCCCCCUAGGAUACCAUUAAUAAUAACGCAGCCGGCAGUGGCUGCCAACUGAAGCGCCGCCAGAGCCGCUGCUGCUGCUGCUGCUGCUGCUGCCUCCGCUGACGACGCCACCAGCAUCGGAGCCGGAGUCGGAACCGGACCCGGACGCGGACGCAGACGCACUGCACCGGCUGCCAUCCCUCCGGCUCGCAAUCCGAUCGCAAUGAAGGUGGACACGGUGAAGCUGAAGAAGGGCUCCUCGGAGCUAACGGCCGAGUGCCGGGAGCUGAUCGAUGAGCUGACCAAACGGCGCAGCCGUCCGGAGCUGUUAGAGUUCCUCGACACGGUCCACGUCUGGAUAUAUGGCAAGUGUGAGCUCUAUCAUUGGAUCGAGAUCCUCGAUCGGUUCGAUAAGAUACUCGAGGAGGCGGCCCGUCACGUCAACGCCAAUGAGUUUGUCCUGCAGUGUGACACCAAUUUCCAGGAUCAGGACGUCACUCUGCUGCUGCACGUGCUGAACUUCACCACCCUGCUGAUAGAGCACUCGUUCUCCCGGCACCUGUACAACUCGAUCGAGCACCUGACGCAGCUGCUCUCCUCCCAGAACAUGGACAUCGUCCUGGCCGUCCUCAAUCUGCUCUACAUGUUCUCGAAGCGCAGCAACUUCAUACCCCGCCUGCCCUUCGAGAAGAAGGAGCUCCUGAUCGUCAAGCUCUUCAACAUAGCUGAGCGCUGGGGUGAUCCCAACUAUGGUCUGUCGCUCAAGGACUGCUGCAUCGGCGAGCCAAAGCUGGAGUUCCUCUACCAGCUGUGCAUCGACUAUGUGGACGAGCACGGUCAUGCCGCCCAGCUGGAAAUCCCGGACAUGAUGGACCUCUGUCACACGGCAGCGGCUCCCGAGGUGAUCAAGACGAUUGCCGGCCAGAUCUCAAAGCCCAGUGAGGCAAUCAAGAUGCGCAUCGCUCAUCGAGUGCGCCUCAUCUCAGGCUUCAACAACUACAAGCUGCGGCUGCAGUUCGUCCAGGCACGCCUGCAAGCCGUCUCCAUACUGAUUUACUCCAACGCCCUGCAGGACAACACGGACAAGGUCCUGUACGCCGGCUUUGGCGAGGAGCUGUGCGAACUGAUCGACAAGGAGGACGUCCAUCUGGUGGAGAUUCGGGCCGCUGUGCUGCGCACACUCACCUCGAUGCUCCACUUUGAUCGCAAUCCGAAUGUGCCAAGCAGAGCCGGAUCGCGUCUGAUGAAGAUCGUCCAUUAUACGGGAGCCGAACGGCAGGGCGGGACACUGCCGCUUCUGGUGCGCGACUGCAUCGAUAAUCUGACGACACAUGGACUGACCGAACGAUAUCCCCUCAUCCUGGCCACGUCCCUGUUCUCGCUGCUGUACCAUCUGGCCAGCUACGAGAUGGGCGGCUCGGCGCUGGUCAAGAGCGGCAUGAUGCAGUCGCUGUUGUGCGUCAUCAGCUGGCCGGGCGUCGAUCUGGAGCACAUCACCUUUGUGACGCGGGCGGUGCGGGUGAUCGACCUGAUCACCAACAUAGACAUCGCCCGAUUCCAUCAGAACAACGGCCUCAACGUCUUCAUCGACCGGCUGGAGAAGGAGAUCAAGAGCUGCUGCAAGGCCCUGGCCGAUAUCGGGAUAACCCUGAAGGAGUCCACCUUGCGGGAUGACCACAAGCUGGACACCUCGCUGGACCAGGUCGACGAGGAUGUGGAGGAUGCCGCCACUGAGAACGCCUCGGUGGCCAGCGGGAGUGGAUCUCCCCGUCGCGACAACUCCAGCGACACUAAUACCAGCCGGGCUUACAGAGCCUACCAGGAGCAGGGCGGCGGAUCAUCGGGAGCGGCUGCUUCAGGAGCGGGACUUCUGGACAUUCGAGGAGGAGGAGGAGCGUCCGGGCAGGAUCAGGCCGGCGGUGGCGGUGGCAUUCAGAGGGAUGGAGCCGCCGCCAGGCCGGCCACCGUCAUGUAUCCGGCGAACAGCUACUAUGCCCGGCCACUGUCGGAGCGCAAGGCGGAGCUUUCGGCGCAGCUGCCGAGCAGUCUGCAGCCGAAGAAGCCAUCUUGCGUCACCCAGCGGGCGGCGCUGCUCAAGUCGAUGCUGAACUUCCUGAAGAAGAGCAUCCAGGACCACGCCCACUUCAGCAACAUGCGCAACAUCAUGGAGACCAGUCUCACCCAGUCGCUGCGCCACAUCAUCGCCAAUGCGGAGUACUACGGGCCCUCGCUCUUCCUCCUGGCCACCGACGUGGUCACCGUCUACGUAUUCAACGAGCCAUCGCUGCUCUCGUCGCUCCAGGACCUGGGCAUCACCAGUGUCAUGCUGAAGGCCCUGCUCCAGAAGGACGUGCCGGCCACCAGGGAGGUGCUCGGAUCGCUACCCAACGUCUUCUCCGCCCUCUGCCUGAACGAGCGCGGCCUGUUCGAGUUCCUCUCCUACGAUCCCUUCGACAAGGUGCUGAAAGUACUCCUGUCGCCGGACUAUCUGGUGGCGAUGCGCCGCCGCCGCUCCUCCGAUCCCCUGGGCGACACGGCCACCAAUCUCGGCAACGCCAUGGACGAUCUCAUCAAGCAUCAUCCGUACUUGAGGGCCGACGCCACCGAGGCCAUUGUCCGGCUGCUGAACGAGCUGGUGCGCCUCGGCUCCGAUCCCAGCUUCAUCUGCUGGCGCGCCAACAAGGAGAGCAGUGGCUCCGGUUCAGGGUCGGGCGGACACGGCGGCAGCCAUCAUCAUGCCGCCUCGGCGCCCUCGCCGGUCAGCGGGCCGGGCGGCGCCGCAUCCGUCCUCCAGAGCGCCGCCGACACCAACGACAGCAGCGGCGAUGACGACGACGAUGAUGACGAGAUGAGCUCCGCCUCCCAGCAGCAGCAGCAGCAACAGCAACAGCAGGGAGUGGCGGGCACGCCCCGGAUUCCCCAGUCAUCGGGCGGAGGAGGAGGUGGAGGAACUGGAGGAACAUCCUCGUCAAACACCCCGUCACAGGCGGUGAAGGUGGUCUCUGCCCCCUCAGUGCCGCCGGAGCGGGAGGCCAUACCGCUGAUCGACUACAUCCUGAACGUGAUGAAGUUCAUCGAGGCCAUAUUUAGCAACAGCCCGAACGGCGACCACUGCCGGGAGUUCGUGCUCCACGGCGGCCUCAAGCCGAUCCUGCAGCUGCUGUCGCUGCCCAACCUGCCGGUGGACUCGCCCGUCUCCACCACCUCGCAGGCGGUGGCCAACGUCUGCAAGGCGAUCCUCAGCCAGGCGCAGGAGACGAAGGUGCUGGACGUGGCGCUGAAGCAGCUGGCGGACAUUGUCGCCCAGCUGAAGCCGCUCAUCAAGCACUUCACCUUCCCCGGUGGCAGUGUCCUGCUCGCGGAGCUAGUCUGCUGCCAGAAGCUGGAGGAUGGGUUCGCCAACGCCGAGUACACGCCCAUCCUGCACAACAUGAGCUUCGUGCACGGGUAUGUGGUGAUGCUGGUGCAUCUGUGUCGCAACGCCUCCACCGACAUGCGCGCCAUUCUCCUCAAGCGCUGGGGCGUCAACCGGGAGACGGGUGUCCAGCUGCUCCAGCAGCUCGUUCAGCUCUACAUCUCGCUGGUGUGGGAGAGCACCAUCCUGCUGAAUCUCUGCUCCGACGAGCCCACCCAGCAUCCGGAUCUCAUUUGGGACGAAAUCGCCGCCCAGAUGUCGGCCGCGGCCGGCACCGCUGAUCCCCUCACCGAAGCGGAGCUCUCCCGGAAACUGGAGCGUGCCGCCGAAUUCCGAACGAAGUACACCCCGGAGGAGCAGUUCCGGUACAUCAAGUCCCUGCUGGCGGCAAGUUCGCGGCUGGGACGGGCGCUGGCCGAGCUGCUGGGCACGCUGGUGAAGCUAUCGGUGGGCUCGCCCCAGACCCGGCAGCGUCGCAUCAACGAUCUGAUCAGCAACAUCAACAAAGUUCCUACGCCGGAGGCGCGCGAGAUAGCCCGCAUCCUCAGCUCGAUCCUGGUGAACGGAUUCAGUCACGAGAGCAUCCUGCCCAAGCCGGUGCCCAAGCUGAAGCUGACGUUCCUCAUCUGCUCGGUGGGCUUCACCGGGCCGAUGCUGUUCGACGACAAGCGGAGCGCCUUCCACCUGAUGAUCUCACAGUUCUGCGCCGAGAACGGCCUGAAGGCCUUCUUCGAGAUGUUCUACUGGGCCCUCUCGCUGGACAACGUUUCGCACAAGUUCCGGUUCGACCAGUGGGCCUCCAUGGAGGACCUGAUGCAGGCGCACGAGGACGACAAGCGCGACUGUCCGGAGGGCACCGGCGAGUUCCUCGACGCCUGGCUGCAGCUCCUCGAGAAGAUGGUGAAUCCCCGGGCCAUGCUCGACUCCCCCUACACGAUGAGCCCGCGGCUCAACUACCUGCCGGACUCUGUGCCGUUCGAGCCGGUCUUCUACCUGAUCCACAUCCACCAGCUGGCCAUGCAGGCGCUGCGCCGGAUCUGGUCCCGCCGCCCCAUCCCCAACUACGGGCCGAGCAUGUUCGAGACGAUGAUCCUCAUCCUGAAGCAUCUGAUCAAGUCCCACCAGACGCUCCUCGACCGCUACCACACCCGCAUGAAGGAGAUCAAGUUCGAGAACCUCUACAUCCGGAGCACCGACGACGGCCUCAACGCCGACCACAUCAAGACCCUGACCGACAUGGGCUUCAUGCACUACCACGUGAUCGAGGCCCUGCGCAGCAACGCCUCCCUGGAGGAGGCCACCGACUAUCUGCUUAACAAUCCCGAGGCCAGUGCCCUGUCCAGUCAGGCGGGCGGAACUGCUCCGCCCCCGCCUCCGCCGCCGCCACCACCGCCGUCCUCGUCUUCGGCGGCCGGUGGCCACAUGGACGUGGACAUGGAGUCGCCAUCGGACGGUAGUGCCAAGCCAGGAGGCUCCUCCUCCUCGUCCUCCGGCUCGUCCUCGGCCACAUCGACCUACGAUUACAAGCACCUGAAGCUGAUGCCGCAGCUGAUCUUCGACAGAUUCUGCGACGAGGCGAUCUCCCGGGCCUUCGAGUUCAUGGAGGCCAUCCCGGACACGGUGAACAGCGCCGCCGACCUGAUCGCGGUGCUCUACCGGCGCCACAACCACCUCAAUAAGCAGGUCUUCGUCACCAACUUUGUGCGCAACAUCAUCCAGUGGGUGGACUUCACCCUGCAGCUGUUCGAGCCGACCAAGUCGGGCGGGUCGAAGGCCACCCGGCUGGAGGAGUGCCUCACCGGUAUGACGGCCACCCGGCUGUUCGUCCGCCUGAAGACCUCCACCCUGCUGCUGGAGGAGAACUACAGCGACCUGCACCGGCCCCUGGUGGAGGCGAUCACCGCCCAGGACGCGAUGGUGUCGCUGGUUAAGCUGCUGGACUGCAUGAGCACCUGGAUACUGGAGCAGGCGGUGACCGGCGGCGAGAGCGGGCAGCAGCCGAGGACGGCAGUGCCGCGGUGGGUGCAGAACCUGGUGGACCUGAUCGACGCCAUCGACAGCAUCAGCCACAUCCUGCAGCGGAAGAGCAACAUGCGGGCGGUGAGCAGCGACGUGUGGCGGUGGUACGACGCCUCCACGGGCAAGUGGAACGCCUACUCGGACGCCAACAACGAGCUGAUCCGGAACGCGUACGCCGCCGGCGAGCGGUGGCUCCACAUCAACAUCGGCCGGCAGCGGUGCACCGUCAGCCUCAACUGCAUGACCCAGGUGAGCGAGGCCUCCGGCACCCACCGGCCCGUCUUCCCGGCACUGAAGCUCAGCGAGGCCAUCGUCAACCUGAACAGCCCGGUCACCCUCCACAAGGUGGAGAACAUCCUCAACCGGGUGGUCAGCACGGCUCCCGAUGGCUCUGGAACGGUCAACACGGACGACCUCAUCUCCGUCCGGCAGCUGGUGAACCUUAACGAGGAGCCCUCGGCCAAGGCCAGCGAGGAGGCGGCCGGCGAGGAGGGCGCCACAUCCCAGCCAGCUACGGCCGGGGGAGGAGGAGGAGCAGCAGCGGCCGCCAUGACGACCCGAAGCAAGUCCCGGCAGAAGAACGCCGCCGCCGCAGCCGCGGCCAAGGGGAAGUCAUCCCAUUCGAGUGGAAAGUCGGGAGGAUCGGGUGGAUCUGGAGGAUCGGGAUCACCGCCGCUACCCAAACGGACGCAGAAGAUCAUCCUGAACGAGGAGCACGUGGGCCUGAGCAAGUUCGACUGUGGCCGGAUCAUCGGCAGCAUUGUGGCGCUGCUCCAGCCGGCCCACCUCCUCCACCACGAGACGAAACUCUCGCUGCUCCGGCUGUGCGCCCGGCUGACCCGCAACUACGAGAACGCCCAGGUCUUCAUCCGGCGGGGCGGAGUGCGGAUGCUCCUCCAGCUGCAGCAGUCGUGCAGCUUCAUGGGCUUCCCCACCUACGCGAUCAUCAUCCUGCGGCACGUCCUCGAGGCGCCGCCCGUCCUCCAGGAGGCCAUGGAGCGGGUGCUGGGCAUGCGGGCGGCCGGCAUCGUGCCCAUCGGCCACCGGGAUCUCAUCUACGUCCUCACCCAGGUGUCGACGGCGGUGUCCCGCAAUCCGAAGAUCUUUGUGGCCGCCGCCAAGGAGAUGCUCAAGGGCGACUACCUGAUGAACACCGGCUCCUCCUCCUCGCCCCUGACGGACGACGCCCGCAUCAUGGUCAAGUCAAAGUUCGGCCAGCAGCCGACGGCCGCCGCCGGCAAUCCCAACCAGUCGCAGAACGCCAGCCAGGACGCCACCUCGCCGACCAGCGGCUCCAAGGUGGACCUGAAGGACGACGUCCUGGUGCAGUCGUCGGUGGAGGUGCUGAAGGAACUGCUGCUGGCCUUGGUGCAGCCCUGCUGCCACUACGGAGGCAUUGCGUCCACGGAUCGGGGACCACUGGCAGCGGCGGAGCUCUUCCAGCCGGACCAGCCCCCGGGAAUGGAUCCGGACGAGGUAGGGAGCUCAUCGGCUCGUCCUAAAAAUCACACGCUUAUGUCAUCCUCUUCCCAGGACACACCUACGCCCGCUCCCGCUCCCAGCAAGAAACAGAGCUCCGGCUCCGCCGGACAGCAGGCGUCGGACAAGUUCGAGCCGUGCUGCUGCACCUGGCACAUCCCCACCAGCGCACACAGCCACGCCAAGCCAACGCUGUCGCGGGCCACGCUCCUCAAGCUGCUGGCGGACGCCACCCGGGCCUACCAGUCGCUGGUGCCGCGGGUCCUGCUCUCGCACAUCUACCAUCCGGCGGACAGCCCCCUGAUCCAGGCGCCGCAACAGACCUUCCUGGGCGUCCUGCUCGAUCGGUUCCUGCCGCUCACCCAGCGCCACCACGUGCCCGAGGUCAGCACCAUGUCCCGGGUACUGAUCUGCUCCCUCUCGGACUGCUACCAGCAGCCGGGCGUCCAGGUGCAGGUCGCCGAGGAGCUGCACGCCGCCGUCGCCCGGGCCCUGGCCCAGCCGGACUCGGCGGAGAAGCACACCCGGCUCCAGGUGCUGAUGAGCCUGUUCCCCAACCUGAUCGAGUCCCCGAUGCUAUACGACAAGGUGCACAUGCACCGCAACAACAUGUACCGCGUCCUCCUGCGCCAGGGCGUGAUGACGUACCUGACCAAGAUCGCCCAGUACAAGGACCUCUCCAACCACAACACCCUCAGCACUCUGGCCGCCAUCCUGCGGCCCAUGGAGAUCCUGCUGCGCUUCAGUGUCUCCACCACCACCCUCGGCUCCAAGAGGAUCCUCUUCGGCACCGGUGGCGGGGCGAACGGCUCCGGCAACGGAUCCGGGCUCUCUGGAGGCAUCAACUCGGUCUCCGGGCCGGGCAACACCUACGGCACGAUCAUCAAUAGACGGCUCUAUCCGCGGCUGGCGGCGCGCACGGCCGUCUCGGCUGCGGUGGAGCGCUCCAAUGCGAUCGGGGGCGAGCACGUGCUCCGCGACAUCAUCCGGAAUGUGCUGUCCGACCGACGGCACGCCUUCGAAUUCAUCUUCGACUCGCACGAGAUGGCCGUCGACUCGGAGGACGCGCCCGCCUCGGGAGGAGGCGGAGGCGGCGGUGGCUCCGGCUCAGGCUCAGGACUGGGUGGCGGAUCCUCGGGCAUCGGCGGCGGCGGCACGGCUGCGGUCAUCGAUGUGGUUGAGGAGCGCAGCAACGGCGGCGACACCAACGACCCGGUCGGCCUGCCCCCCGGCUCCGGGUCGGCGAACAACGCCUCCGGAUCCUCGGGCAACGGCAGCGGACCGGUGCGUCCAGUACUUAACUUUGACCAGCUGUGGGACGACUUCCUCCAGAGUGAGGGCCUGCGCCUGGCGUCCCGGAGCAGCGGCGGCGCUGGCACGGCCACCGGGCCGGGAUCCGCGGGCCAGACUGGUCAGCAGAACGGCGGCAGCUCGGGCGGAGGCACUACGUCAGGGAGUGCGGCCGGCACAGCCGCCACCGGAGAUCCCCGCCUGCGCUCCAACCCGGACGCGGAUGGCGGCAGUGCGGGAGGCGGCGGCGGCGGCAGCAACAGCAGCCACAAUCCCAGCGUGGUGAACGACAAUGGAAUCGGCGGCGGAGGUGGCAGUGAUGGCGCCUCCACGUCCUCGGACACCGGAGCGCCGGGCGGCGCCCGCGAGAUCAACGCCUCGAUACUGGGCGACGUGAGCACCUCGGACUCGGACUCGGACGGCUCAACGGAGAACGACGAGCGCAACGAGGACGAGGAGGAUGAGGAGGACGAGGACGCCCCCGACGAGGACGUGGACGAGCACAGCGAGACGGACGUGGACGAGGAGCAGCCGGCCCGCCAGUUCAUCGAGGUCUUCGAUCACAUCUACGAGCCCGAAUCCUCGGAGACGGCCUCCAACGACGCGGAUGUGGAUGCCGACGACGAUGAGGACGAGGAUGAGGACGACGUGGACGAGGACGAGGACGACGAUGAGGAUGAUCCCGAUGACGAGGAUCGCAACGAGAGUCGCGGCAACAUCGACCAGGAGCUGGAGAACCAGAUCGACAUCGCCCUGGCCAUCGCCUCGUCCAACAACCGGCCCCGACGCAGUGCUGCCGUCAACGCCUCCGGCACCGGCGCCAACUCGUCGGCCAACCGGCCCACCGCCGAGGAGGAGGAGGAGGAGGACGACGAUGACGCCGACGUGGAUCUGGACGCGGCGGCCGACCGGGCCGAGGCCUAUCUGUACGAGCGGCUGGGCGGCGACAGUCCCCGCCUGAUGCCCACGCCCCCGGCCAGCUUCCGGGUGCGGAUGAACAGCUCCAUUGCCCAGCCCCUGGACAUCGAUGUGAACGGUGGAGCGGGCGGUGGCGGAAGCGGCUCCGGUGGCGGAUCUGGGGCGGGACAGAGUGCCGGCGGCUCCCAGGCGGGCGGCUCCACCUCGAAUGCCGCCACAAUCGGACCCACUGCCUCGGCAUCGUCCGCCCUGCGCACCUCGUCCGGCUCCUGGAUGAUGCCGGACUUUAGCUUCAUCGGCGGACCCGGAGGUGGAUCGGGAUCGGGAUCCGGCGCCGGAGGAGCCUCGAACGGAGGCGAUGCCAACGCCUUCCACUCGGCCACCCUCUCGCAGCUGGAACGCAACGGCGGGCACUCGGGCAGCGGCAUGAGCAACCUGCUGGACGAGCACCCGAGCGGCAAUCCGGGCGGAGGCUCGGCGUCGGGAGGAGCCGGUGGCUCGAACAGUGUCGGUGGAGGCGGGGCGGCCGGGAGCACGGCCACCCAGCACCCGAACUCGACGCUCUGCACCACCGGGGUGCGCCGGCGACUGCUCUACCUGGACCAGCAGUACUGCGUCUGCAUGCCCACGCACCAGAACCCCACGGAGGAGACCCAGAUGGAGACCUUUACCCAGGACGCUCUGCACUGGUGGCUGGAGGAGGCCAAGGCCCUGGACAUGGAGAGCCAGACGGACGCCUGCCUGUACGCUGCCCACUUCCUCGUCCCGCACCUCAUCAAGGGCAUCAAGAGCUCCCACCACCAGCGCAAGCAGGAGGAGGCGGCACGCACAUCCGCCGCAUCCGCAUCCGCAGCAGCCACUGCCGCUGCCGCAACCACUACGGGAGCUGGAUCGGGUUCGGGAUCAGCCGGAUCGGGAGCUGGGGGAGGAGGUGCCGCAGGUGGCAGUACAACUGCCGCGGCGGGCAGCGCCUCAUCCACGGUCACGUAUUCACAGCCGGCCAGCAGCAACGCGGCCAACGCUAGCAGCAUCCUGGUGAUCCCUCCGGUGGCCGCCUCCGCCACUGGCGGCACUCGCCGCAGCUCGAUACCCGUACUGAUCCCCUCGAGCUUGGGAGCCGGCGCCACCGGAACCGGAACUGGGGCCAGCACCACCUCGGGCGAUGGAGGGUCGACCCCCUACAUACCCCUGACCUCUGCGUCCACCGCCGGAGGCAGUGGCUCCCUGGAGCAACAGCCAGGAGGGCUGCGCAGCCAGCGGCAGCUCCGAGGGCUGCGCCAGCAGAGCCAGGUGAACUUCAACAUCUACGCGGAGAUUGACCUCACCAACGAGCAGGACAGCCAGGGCUCCACCUCUGGAGGCGCCACUGGCGACGCCACCGAGCAGCAGAACUCCCAAAACUCCCAGAACUCGCAGAACUCCCAAAGCCAGAGCCGGCAUCCGCCAGUGCCGCAUCUGCCCAGCAACGGCAGGCCCUCACGGCCCCACUCCCGCCUGGACGACGCGGAGCUGCUCCUGAUGCAGCUGGCCGACCGCCAGACCUCCGCCCGCAGCCGCCCGGCGCCCAACUCGCGCUCCGGCGGCUCCCCCCUGAUCAACGCCCGUCCUAUGCGGGAUCUGCCCGCCCGCCUGCAGCGCCUCGUCCAGGCCCACAGCUCUGGAUCCGGUUCUUCCCGCUCCGGCCUGGCAGCCCUCUCCUCCGGAACAGGAUCAGGAUCUGGCUCUGCCAACCCACCAUCCACUCCAGCGCCCACACUGCACGAGCUGCAUGUCCAUGCGGCGGAGAGGACUCCCCCGUUCACCCUGCCCCCGUCCCUGGAGCUGGACGCGGACGCACUGACCAGCAUUCUGGACAUGCACGAGGAGCACGAGCAGCAGCAGCAGGUGACCCCGCCGCCCGUCAGUGAGAACGCCACGGAUCCCCUGUCCGGCCCGGCCGACGCCGAGGCGACCACCCCCGAGCCGGACGGAACAGGGGAGGAGAGUCCCAGCAGCACACCCAGAGCCCCAUUCAUUCCUGCUCGAACGCCCGAGGAAGUGGAGUUGAUACUGUCUCAGCUCCCGCGAUCUGGACGAUCAUCCCCGGCCGCCACUGGAGACACACCAGCCCCAGCAGAAUCCUCGCCGGGAUCAGCGGGUGCAGCGGCAGCCACCACGACUACUGACACGGAGGCGGCGGCGGCCAGCGGAGGAGCCGAGGGCGGAGCACCACCUAGUGGAGAAGCUGGCCAGGCUGGCGGCGAAGCUUCGGCGGCAGCAGCAGCCGGAGGUGCUAGUGGUGGCUCGGCCGCGGCCAGCACCAUUGCCGACAUGAGUCCCGAAGUGCGGGCCGCUCUCGGGGAUCUGGAAGUGCCGGAGGGGGUGGAUCCCUCCUUCCUGGCGGCACUGCCGAGCGAGAUGCGCGAGGAGGUGAUCCAGGAGCACCUGCGGAUGCAGCGCAUCCGGCAGCGGGCGCAGCAGAACGCCAUCCAGAUCGCCCACGACUCGCUGGUGGAGGUGAACCCGGAGUUCCUGGCGGCCCUGCCCCUGAACAUCCAGUCGGAGGUGCUGAUGCAGCAGAGGAUCGAGCAGCAGCGCCAGGCGGCGCAGAGUGCCAAUCCGGAGGAUCCCGUGGACACGGCAGCCUUCUUCCAGAACCUGCCCGAGAAUCUGCGACAAGCGAUUCUCACCGACAUGGAGGAGUCACAGAUCGCCAGCCUGCCGCCGGAGCUGGCCGCCGAGGCACAGUUCCUGCGCCGCGACUGGGAGUCGCGCAACGGCGCCCGCAUGGACGCCCACCCGCCCAGCAACGCCCUCUCUCUCUCCUCUCUUCCAGCCCGCUUCCAGUCGACGCUGCAGGGCCUGGACGAGGCCCGCUGGCACAGCGCCAUCUGGUAUGACGCCACCGGGAAUCCCCAGCCGCAGCACCACCAGCACACGACCAUCGUCCACCACCAGGCGCACUCCCACCACGCCCCCAACGUGGGCAAGCCCCUGGCCCUGCUGAUGAUGGAGGACGAGAACAUCCUGCUGGAUCCCGACUCGCUGGCCACCCUGCUGCUCUUCCUGUUCGUCGAGGACCAGAAGAUGAACAGCAUGCGGCUGCACCGCGUCAUCCGGAACCUGUGCCACCACGAGCCCACCCGCGACUGGGUGAUCAGCGCCCUGAUCAGUAUCGUCCAGAAGACCAACGAGGAGAACGGCCACUUUGGAGCCGGCAAGGCCGGCAGCAAGCCCGAGUGGCUCAAGCUGAGGGUGGACGCCGCCUUCGGCUACAAGAGCAACAUCUUCCUGAUCAACAGGCAGCACCACGAGGGCAGCACCAGCAGCUCCAGCAGCAGCAUCAGCAUCAACCCCCAGGCCGCCCAGAUGAUCGUCCGCAACUGCCUAGACAUGCUCUUCGUCCUGGCCAAGCACUAUCCGGGCAGCUUCGUGCCCUUCAACCGGGAGACGGUGAAGGCGCGCCGCUUCAUGAGCUCCCUGUACUCCAACAGUGAUCCAGUGCCUCCGGGCGGCACCCUGGACUUCCGCUCUCGGUUCUGCCGCUACCAGGUGGCGAAUCGGUUGCGCGGCAUGCUGGAUGAUCCGCCGCCGGUGAAGACGACGCCAUUGGACGAAUCCCCGUCCACAUCGAAGGCGGCGGCGGCCAAGGCGGCUGCCACGGCGGGCAGCAGCAGCAGCAAGGUGCCGCCCAGCCACACCUCGAGUGCCGGAGGCAGUGGCUCGAUUCCGUACCAGACGAACGCCAAGAACUUCUGGGACGUGGUGAUGAACAUCGACCGGCAGACGGAGGUGCGGCUGGCGCAUGUGACGGACUUCCCGCUGACCUCGCAGCCGGCGUGGGAGUGGCAGCCGAACAACACCGAGUUCCUAUCCUUCAGCGACUCGCCGUUCGGCCAGCUCCUCGAGAUGCUGCCCUACAAGGUGAUCUGCCGGUCGCCCCACCUCACCGACAUGCUGGUCAAGCUGCUGGCCUCGCUCAGCACCGAGCUGCCCAAGGAGGAGGAGCAGCUGCCCUUCAUGGACCAAAUGCCCACCCUGAUCCCCAUUGGCCAGGCCACCGGAGCACCGCCAUCAGGAGGGGCAGUCGGGGCACUCAGUGCCGCGGCAGCAGCGGUGGCGGCGGCCAAUGCCGCCUCCGGUUCGGAGAGCGGCGACAGCCCGACGGCGGCAAGUGGAGGACCAAACGGCCCGGCUGGCGGUAAUCCCGGCUCCGGAGACAGUGUCAGUGCGACGGCGCCGCCGACGAAGCCGCCACAGCUGCCCACGCUGAGCGUGGCGCUGCCGGUGGCACCGAUGAAGUCGCGCCGGAAGAUCUACGCCAAGAACUUCUCGCAGCUGCAGCUGGUGAUCGAGGUGCUGACCCACCAGUGCGGCACCACCGAGGGCCUGGACAACGUGGCCAAGCUGAUCGUGAACCUCACCCAGUGCUCGCAGGCCUCCAACGCGAUAUUCAUCCAGUAUCUGACCGCCGCCAUCCUGGGCCUGGCCGAGGAGGUGCGCCAGGCCAUCCAGACGCUCCUCGAGGAGAUUCGGGCGUACAACAGCAACGUCCAGGGCGGAGCGGCGUCCACGUCGAAGGCGGCAGCCGCAGCGUCGGCGGUCUCGGGCUCUGCUUCGAGUGCUCCCAGCGGAAGCUCCUCCGGCGCAUCAACUGGAGCCUCGCUCCUCACCAACCUAACCGUCCACGAGGGCAUCAUGCAGGAUCGGUUCACCGCCGAGCACGUGGUGAUCUCGGCGCCGAAGAACGCCAAGCCCACCUGCGAGCUGCAGCUGCCGUCGAUGAAGAAGCUCAUGUCCAACUCCUCCGCCCAGCCCUACUUCCUGCGCACCCUCAAGAUCUUCAUGCAGGUCCGGGACAUGUACGAGGCCCAGAACGCGGGACUCGCCGGAGCGGGAGCGGGCGCGGGCGCCGGACCGGGCAGUAGUAGUAGCAGUGGCGCCGGCAGCGGAGGCGGUGGUAUUCCCGGGGGACUGGCGAGCGGCGACAUGGACGACGACAUCAUCGACAUCGAGGGCGAUGGCGGUGCGUCCGGAGGCAGUAGCUCGGACGCCACAGCCACUCCGGCUCCCACGUCCAUGGAGACGAAUCAGAGCAGCCACGACACCCUGGACGACGACGAAGACGACGAUGACGACGACGAUGACGAGGAUGAGAUCGACAUUCUCGUUCCGGACGACCCGAGGAGUCUGCGGGCCAGGAGAAGAGCAGCUGCCGCGGCGGCUGGAGCCGGAGCGGGCGCAGUGUCGUUCGCGGCCGGAAACCCAUCGAAACCGACUCUGAGCCAAAUCCUCUGCCUGGACGUCCUGUGGCACACGCUGAGCGAGUGCCUGGUGGCGCUGGAGGAGUCCAAGGACGAGUUCGCCGUCUUGGUGCUGCAGCCCACCGUGGAGGCCUUCUUCCUCAUCCACGCCUCCCACCGCGUCGCCGCCAAGAAGUCGGGACGCAGUGGCAUAUCCGGUGUGGCGGCUGCCACCCUGCGGGCCCUGGGCGGCGGGCUGGCCGGCAUGGUCAACCCCCCGUCCUCCGUCCAGCAGCACAGUCCCCUGAUCGACGAAUCCAGUAGCGGCAACACCCUCAGCUCGGCCAGCUUUGAAGACGAGCCAAAGAUGCAGGACGCGGCCACCAACACGCCGAACAGCUCCGGCGGCGGCGCCACCGUCAGUGCCCACGAGGCCCAGUUACGUCAGGAUCGGCAGAAGUUCCUGCAGUUCGCCGAGAAGCACCGCACCGUCCUCAACCAGAUCCUGCGCCAGUCCCUCACCCACCUCUCCGACGGGCCCUUCGCCGUCCUGGUGGACCACACGCGCAUCCUGGACUUUGACGUCAAGCGCAAGUACUUCCAGACGGAGCUGGAGCGCCUGGACGAGGGCAUCCGGCGCGAGGAGCACACGGUCAGUGUGCGUCGUGUCACGGUCUUCGAGGACUCGUUCCGCGUCCUCUACCGCCUGGGCCCGGAGGAGUGGAAGAAUCGCUUCUACAUCGUCUUCGAGGAUGAGGAGGGCCAGGACGCUGGCGGACUGCUCCGCGAGUGGUAUGUGAUCAUCUCGCGGGAGAUCUUCAAUCCCAUGUACGCCCUGUUCUGCGUGUCGCCGGGGGAUCGGGUCACCUACAUGAUAAACCCCUCCAGCCAUGCCAAUCCCAAUCACCUGAGCUACUUCAAGUUUGUCGGCCGUGUAAUUGCCAAGGCCGUGCAUGAUAACAAGCUAUUGGAGUGCUACUUCACCCGCUCCUUCUACAAGCACAUCCUGGGCAAGCAGGUGAAGCACACGGACAUGGAGUCGCAGGACUACGAGUUCUACAAGGGCCUCGACUACCUCAUGAAGAACGACAUCUCCACGCUGGGCUACGAACUGACCUUCUCCACCGAGGUGCAGGAGUUCGGCGUCACCCAGAUCCGUGAUCUCAAGCCAAACGGACGCGACAUCGCCGUCACCGAGGAGAACAAGUUCGAAUAUGUCCAGCUGGUCUGUCAGCUGAAGAUGAGCGGCUCCAUCCGUCAGCAGUUGGACGCUUUCCUUGAGGGCUUCUACGACAUUAUUCCAAAGCAUUUAAUCUCGAUAUUCAACGAACAGGAACUGGAGCUUCUCAUAUCCGGUCUGCCGGAUAUCGACAUAGAAGAUCUGAAGGCGAACACUGAGUACCACAAGUACACGUCCAAAUCGGCACAGAUACAAUGGUUCUGGCGAGCUCUGCGCAGCUUCGACCAGGCGGACCGGGCCAAGUUCCUGCAGUUCGUGACUGGCACCUCGAAGGUGCCGCUGCAGGGCUUCGGCUCUCUGGAGGGCAUGAACGGAAUCCAAAAGUUCCAAAUACAUAGAGACGAUCGGUCCACGGAUCGCCUGCCCUGUGCCCACACCUGCUUUAAUCAACUGGAUCUGCCCAUGUACAAGUCGUACGACAAGCUGCGCAGUUGCCUCCUCAAGGCCAUACACGAGUGCUCCGAGGGCUUCGGCUUUGCCUAAAGCAGCACUUUGAUCAGCAGGGGAUGGGGAUCAGGAACCUAGGAUACGUGUUCCUGACAACAACAAAUAUAAAAAAAAAAAAAAAAAAUCACAAUUCCUAAAAAGCAAAAAUGCAAAAAAAACAAAUCCUUAUGGGAUAUUCGAUUGAUUUGAACAGAAGAAUAGAACAGCCACUGCAAAUGAGCGAUGAUAUAAUAGCAUCCAUCAACAAAAACAUACAUUAGUUACAUAGUAUAUAUAAAAAUGUUGAAUUAAUUCCUAAUUUUCGCGCCUAUAUAUAUACAAUAUAUAUUUUCUUAAAUUUUCAAAACACAAAAACUUAUAAAAACUUUCAACAGAAAUGAUAACUAAAAUUAAAAUACAAAACAAAAAACAAAAUACAAAAAGAAAUUGCAAAAAAAAAAAACCAGAAAUCGAUAAACGCGAAAAAUGCAUAUUAUAUUUAAAAAAAUUAUUAUCGGCGUAAAAGAAACUCAUCCUAUUGUAUUGAUUUCUUUUCGGAAUGCCUACCUACCACUGUCGAUUUGCACAUUUUCCAUUUAAACAAAGAAAAAGGAUUUAUAAAUAAAUAAAAACACGAUUCGACCUACUUUUAUUUACAAAAAAAAAAAACAAAAAAAAUAUAUAAGAAAAUAAAGAAAAGUAAAGAAAACAUACGAUAUAUUAUAAAAAAAAAAGGAAACUGCAAAAAGCAUAGCAAAAGGAUUAAAUAUAGAUUGUAUAAGGCAAUGCAUAUAAGCACACAGAUUUAAGCUUUGGUUUCUUGUUUACUUAAGUAAAUUAACCGAACCGAACGGAACCGAAGAUUGUACGGCCGGGCAGAUCGAUCGGAUAUCGAUUAUCGAUCGGCGUAAAAGGACGAUAGGGGGCUCGGAUAGAAUGGAGCUGAGCUGAUCCAAGCGGAUUAUAGUAUUUCGAUGUAAGCGAGAAUAUAAGUCCCUAUGUUAUUCAUUUUAUGUUUACCUUUUUGACUAAUGAGCCGCGGAUGUAGCUUAAAGAGAGUGUAUGUGUGGAAUAAAGUAAGAGUAAGCUCAUUUAUCACAAUAAAAUUUUCGAAAAAUC